AUGCACAGCAAGGAAAUACCAUGGAUCAUAGCAUGCUAUAUACUUCUCUUCCUACCAACGACUUGCACAUGCUUCCUGCAUUCGUCGUUGCCAACAACUGCAGGUGAAAAGUUUAGACAGACUUUCACCGUCCUGUUGGAUGCUGGAAGCACCAAUUCCUUUAGUUUUGCGGAUGUUGCCAACCAAGGAAUCACAUCAUUAUUGAAAGAAGAGAAAAGUGGCACCAUUCUCGCUGGAACCAAAUCAGGAGAGGUAUUGCAAUCGAUGGACAAUGCAAUGACAUGGACUCAACUUUCUGGUUACAAUCACAAACCAAAGUAUCCUGUCUAUUCUCUGGCUGUCGAAACCAAAGCCAGCAACGACAAUGACAAGAACAGCAAACUUGGAAGGAUAUUUUGUGGUAGAGGAGAUCGAUAUAUUUCAGUUUGGGAUACAGAAAUAAAAGAAUAUGUCCAACGCUUGGGCCCACAUACCGGUUGGGUUCAAGAUCUUGCCUACAAUGAAGACGCUCAGAUUCUGUACUCGAUUGGCUGCAAUUGCAUUGAAGUGUGGGAUUGCUCGGGACGCGACACUUCCGAUGGAAGUAUAAGGCAUAUUUCCAAGUUGUCGGUUGAAAAUAGUGUCUUAGCUUCUACCCUUUCGAGUGACUUGUUGAGGCUAUGCCUCGUCGACGGACAGCAUGUUAGUAGUGACAAAGAACGAGGCAAAGGCACGAAGGCCGAGAAGAAGAUAAUAAUGUUUUCUGGUGUGGAUGGUCGAAUACAUUUGAGGUCAUCAUAUAGGCAAACAAGCCUUGUCCAUAAGGGUCGCAUUAAUGCUUUGACAUACUCUUCCAUGAAAAGUCAAAUACUGUUUUCUGUCGGAAAUGAUGGAAAGCUUUGUGCAAGUCGCAUCAAUUUUUAUUCUUCCAUGGAGAUCGAACUUCUAGCAGAGCUUGAGCUAAAGGGUUUACCCCGGUUGACGACAGUGACCAUUCUGGAAGAGGCAGAUAACGGUGAGUUGUACUUGGUGGUUGGAACUACGGAGGGUGAUAUCAUUUUUGUAUCAGCAAAAGUGAAAUCAUCCGACAACUCCAUCACUCUGAUGGAAGGGGGCACUACCAACGUGCACAAUGGUGCCAAGAUAUACUCUGCUAUAGCAUUACCAAAGGGAUCACCCUUCGAGCCAAACAUAGAAAUGGGAUCUUCACACACGGGGACACGAGUACUGUUGGUAGGACACGCCAAGGGACUAACAAAACAACCAUACUGUCUCCCAUUCAAGUUCCAAUCCGAGCUUUGCUAA